AUCAGAUCUCAACCUCAUGCCACCGUGCAUUGAAAUUGCUCUGGCUCGUGGUGGCCCAUGUCGGUGUUUCCUUUAUUUUGGCAGUUACCGGUCGUUGACUUCACGGUUGACUGAGUUGAUUCUGGGCGGAAAGAGGAAGCUGGAUCAGUAGGCUGCUAGGGUGACUGCGAUGUAGCAGCACUGUAACGGAGGAAUCGGGAUUGAAACAGAAUAAACAAAGCGGAAGACAUUUUCUAAAGGCACACGAAUUUGUAGUUAUUUUUGACUGCAUUUACGUGGUUAACUUUCAAAACUUGAGUGUGACACCUUUGUUACCAUGUAUGAGGAUGAAUGAGACCAUGCUCUUUGUGGAGGAAGAAGAGGUGGACAAGACAAAUCAGCAGGUUGACGAGGACAAUGUCUCCAGGAAGAUGGUUACUGUCGACUGGGACCAAUGGGACAAGCUACUGCUGCCCUCUACACUGGACUCUGGUGUGCACAGUCUGGACACAGUGUAUGACAGAACCACUGUGAUGAUUGAACAAGACCCAGUGGGUUCUAGAACUGACAACAAAGAGGAAGAAGAGGACCUGAUGAUGUAUCUAGAUGAGGGAUUUGAGACGGAGGACCGUGGAGGUCUGGAAGACCACUGGGAGGCCAUGUCACAGGGGUACGUCCACCACACCAUCUCCCAGGACCAGAUCCAGUUCACCAUCAACCCUGGUUCCACACCCAUGCCCCGGCACAUCCAGGGGGCCACCAUCACACUGCACUCUGAGUGCCCAGAUACCCACCACAGCGAGGUAAAGCGUUACCAGUGUCUAUACGAGGACUGUAGUCGUACCUACAGCACAGCAGGGAACCUGCGGACUCACCAGAAGAGACACAGAGGAGAACACACGUUUGUCUGCAACCAGUUGGGCUGUGACAAGGCCUUCCUCACCUCCUACAGUCUGAAGAUCCACGUCCGCGUUCACACCAAGGAGAAACCCUUCGAGUGUGACCAACAGGGCUGUGAGAAGGCCUACAACACACUGUACAGGCUGAAAGCCCACCAGAGACUGCACACAGGGAACACGUUUAACUGCGAGUCGGACGGAUGCACCAAGUACUUCACCACUCUGAGUGACCUGAGGAAACACAUCCGGACACACUCCAAGGAGAGGCCCUUCAGGUGUGACCAUCCUGGCUGUUACAAGGCGUUCACCUCUAGUGACCAUCUCCAAACACACAUCCUGGGACAAAUGGGUGAAGGCGAGCCACCCCUCCUUCAGGUGGACACAGACGGUGAUAACUCCCUAAGCCCCUCCAACAGUCCGAGGGACAACAUCAAAGGUCACGACCCUGGACCAUCAGCUGACAUAAUUCACAGCCACUCCCACUCAGACGAUUUGAAUCCUCGUUCCCCAUGUCUCAGUGAUAUGAGCCUGAUUUCCACUGAUUCUCAGCUCCGAGAAAGUAAUUCUGAUGCCCUGGACCUGGUGUUUGAGUUGCUGUUUCAAGACAAGCCACAGGAUGUGUCAUCGGUGGCAGUGCCCUCGUGUAGUUUGGAGAACCCAACUCUAACCGUGGUGCUUCCAGAAGCAUCUCCCUCUUUCAUUUCUUCCUGUCCUGAACCCUCUGACUCUACCCCUAGUGAACCCUGUCCUGUACCCCUCACCCCUGGGUGUAUCCCUAGUGAACCCCAUCCUGUACCCCAGCCCACUGCUCUCCUCACCCCUGGUGAACCCUGUCCAGUUCCUGUCUCUCCAUUGAUCAGUGAUACACCUAAACAUGAGGUGAAUCCACAACAGCCAUCCAAUCAGAGCCUACUACAACAGCCAGCCGCAUCCCUCCAUUCCCAACCAGGCUCCACCCAGAGCGUACUACUACAGCCAACCAGCACCCUCCAUUCCCAUCCAGGCUCCACCCAGAGCGUACUACUACAGCCAACCACCACCCUCCAUUCCCAUCCAGGCUCCACCCAGAGCGUACUACUACAGCCAACCACCACCCUCCAUUCCCAUCCAGGCUCCACCCAGAGCGUACUACUACAGCCAGCUGCCAUGUCCUCCAUCUAUUCUCAACCAGGCCCAUACCCUCCACCCCCCAGCUCCUCCCUCCAGGCCCCACUAACACCCCUCUCCCUGGGGUACUCUACACCUCCUACAGUCCCUGCCCACAGUACCAUCCAGCCCAUCACCUUGUCCACUCAGAACCUCCAGUGGCUGUUGAACAGUGUCAAUGACCUGAGGCAGCAGGACAUGCAGACACAGCUCUCCCAACAACACAGUGGCUCGACACUAGAGAAGCUCUAUUUCACCACAGCAAUACCAAUGGGAGGGAACACAGGGACAGCUCUGCAGCAGAUAGGCCUGAGUCUGCCUGUCAUCGUAAUUAGACAGGGAGAGUCAUGCCAGUGUCGGUGCCCCUGCAGAGACGGCAGCACAGCAUCAGACACAGAGAAACAGACUGGUGCCCAGUUCUAGCAGCCCCAGGACCCAUCAACCCAGGACCCGUCCCCUCAGCCCCAGGACCCGCCCCCUCAGCCCCAGGACCCGCCCCCUCAGCCCCAG